AUGGUUGCGCAAACUUUACACCUUCACUUCAUUGUCAGAAGUUCUGCGCUGGAUAGCGUGUCAUUAAGCCACUGUGGCCAGACUUGGCACAUAUCCAAAGAAGAACUUGAUGUAUCAAGCCAUGAGGUCCCCGAAUUUGCAUGUAUUUCGUACGCGUGGGGUGGUGGCCGGGUACCCAGUCCCCUGGACAAUCACCACAGUAUAUCUGACAACACUGUCCCAGCCCUCACCGCGGCCAUGCGCGCCAGACCAAGAUGUACACGAUUCUGGAUAGAUGCAUUCUGCGUGCCAACUCAAGGCGAUAGUAGAAGAGCCACUCUGGCAAGCAUGGGAUGGAUAUACUCUCUGGCAGCCGAGGUCAUUUGUGUCCUUUCCCCAGCGGCACGAUCCAUCAUCGACCAAAUGAGUAAAUCAGACAGAGUUGAUGAGGCUGCAAUCCACGCCAUGGAGAACGAUGAAUGGGUGUCCCGCGCUUGGACAUAUCAAGAAGUUGUCAACAGCCCUUCAAUAUCCUUCACUUGCAUUACCCCAGGAAACAGCUCAGCCACGAACGAGGACAGCAGCCACGGUCUCAUUGACUGGUACCAUUUUUUAAACUGCGUUGGCUACACACUCUCCCGCCUACCCGGUAAUGCCCUCCAAAAAUCUUACCAAUUUCCCUGCCUUGAUGCAUUUCAGGAGCUGAUCGCCGACUGGAAAGUUGCCGGGUAUCAGGAACGUUCUGCCCUGCAAGUCCUAGCGAAUAUGGACAGGAGAACACAGGAACGUCCCGAAGAUCGAUAUUAUGCCAUGAUCGGGGCUAUAUCGAGGGUACCGCCGAGUUUGUCCGCCGUUGGAAACGCCUGCGAAGAGUUUCUGGCCGUUUGUGAGGGCAAGGGUGAUUAUUCCUUCAUUUUUACAGCCACAGAGAGGGAGACAGAGGAGGGAAGGAGAUGGAGACCGAGGAGCACAGGGAAUCUACAAUCGUUAAUGCCAUGGAACCUAGUGGGGAAAAGCCAGCCGGGUCACCUGGACAAUGAAAAGGGAGCUUUGUGCUUGGAGCAGAUGGUCGAGCUUCAGAUAGGGGAGCCAGAUGACGGACUUUUGUCAGAUAUUUACGUCUGGCUAUCCGUUCAACAGGAACCAGGUGACGAAAAGCUACCACGCAAAGAAUCAAUGUUCAAGUGCUUGAAGAUGAUGGGUUUCAAGGGUGUGUCGAGUUGUUUGUAUACAGAGGCUGGCUACUUUUUCCCGUGGAAGCCAAUCGCCCAUGCUGGUACCGUAAAGAUCAUGGUAAGUCUUGCGCUUAGGUGGCGGGUUGGAGCGCCUGGUCUUGCUUGUGAGAGACAUGGUCAGGAUGUCGUUUAUACACCAGGAGCCCUGAUCGGUAAGGUUGGUUCGAAGAGAGCCUUGAGCGUUGUUCUAAGCUGA